AUGGCCGACCUUGCAACACCGUCCGCUGCUGCCAUGAGCACUUCCAACGCUGGCGCCGAGAAGCCCGCCUUCUCCAAGCCCGAGAGACCUGACCAGGCCGACUACGAGAAGUCCCUCGCCGAAGCUCAAAAGGCCCUCGAUGCUGCUGUCGAGAGACAGAGAGCCAUCAAGGCCAAGCUCGACUCGCGCCCCAACAACAAGGAGUCACCCGAGGCCAAGAGACAGCAGGAGCUGCGCGCACGACUGAACGAGAUCCGCGAGGCACAAAAGUCGGGCAAGUCGAGUCGCGCCCAGCAACUCGGCCAGAUCCAGCGUCUCGAUGAGCAACUCAAGUCGCGCAUCCAGGAGCAAAAGACUGCUCGCAGCCGUGUCGCUUUCCGCUCCGUCGACGACAUCCAGAACGAGAUCAACCGUCUGCAAGCCCAGGUCGAGACUGGCACCAUGAAGAUUGUCGACGAGAAGAAGAACCUCGCCGAGAUCACCGCCUUGAACAAGCAAAAGAAGGGUUUCGCCGGUUUCGAGCAGGCUCAGAAGCAGAUUGACGACAUCAAGGCUCAGAUUGCCGACAUCAAGAAGUCGAUGGACGACCCGGCAAGCAAGGCUCUUUCCGAAGAGUACACCAAGAUCACCACCGAGCUCGACGAGAUCAAGGGCAAGCAGGACGAGGUCUUCAAGAACUUGAACCAGCUCCGCGACGAGCGCACCCGCGCAAACGAGGCCCAGCAGGUCGCCUACACCGGUCUCAAGGACAUCAAGGACAAGUACUGGCAGGCCAAGCGCGCCUAUGCCGAGUACGAGAAGGAGGCAUACCGUGUUCGCAGAGAGCGCCAGAAGGCUGAGCGUGACGCCUACGAGGCCGGCAAGCGCAAGCAGGUCGCCGAGGCCAAGCUCGAGGAGGCCAGCGCCCCUGCCUACGGUGACGAGAUCCAGACCGCCCAGUCCCUGAUCCGCUACUUCGACCCUUCGUCGCAAGAAGCCAAGGCCGCCGCCGGUCCUGGAAAGUUCGCCGCUCAAGCCAGCCGUACCGUCGAGGCCACCGGCAUCAAGGGCACUGCUCUCCCCCGCAAGGGUGAGGCCGAAGAGGACUACUUCGCCGGCAACGGUGGCAAGAAGGGCAAGAAGAACCGCAAGGCCCAGACCUCCUCUCCCGCCCCCGAAGCCCCUGCUGGCAAGUUCAACCUCUCCUACGCCGUCAUCGAGCAACUCGCAAAGAUCUCCGUCGAGCCCCCAUCAUCGCAAGCCGCCGUCGCCGGUGUUGUUGAGCAAAUCAAGUCCAAGCUCGAAAGCUGGCAAAAGGACCAGGACCGCCAGACCAAGGAGAACAUCGAGAAGGCCAAGAAGGAGAUUGAGCGUCUCGAGGCCGAGACCGAUAACGCCGAAAAGACCAACGGAAACUCCACCGAUGCCGUCACCGCCGACCUCGAGAAGACCAAGAUCGAGGAGACCUCGUAG